AGUCUGCUUCCGCGGGGUAAUUCUCUUGCAACAUUACGCGCGAUCAAAACCCAAACACAUCCUCCAUAUCUUUUCCCUUUCCAAACUCUCUUCUCUUUCUCAGCUACCAUUGUUCGGACUCCUCACGAUGCCUCUCGACGAAGAGGGCAACAAGUGGUCGUGUGAGCCAUGCAUCCGUGGCCACCGAUCCUCCAAGUGUAAUCAUUUCGAUCGUCUUAUGAUGAAGGUUCCUAAGGCUGGUCGUCCUCUUGCCAAGUGCCCUCACCCGAAAGGAAACUGUGCCUGCCAGAAGAAGUACGCUUUCAUGGUUCGCGUCCCCAAAGAUUCGGGCUGUAUCUGUAGACCAGUCUACGAGAUUCCAAUUGAAGAUGAUCAUACUCCUGCUAUGACCCCUGUUCCAGCUACUAGUCCUAGCAAAGUUCAGAAGUCGAGCAAGAAGUAUGUGAAGCCGUCACCAGAGACCAUGACUAGAGCCCUAAGUGCGAUACCGGCAUUCCAGCACCAGCCUGUGCCAUUUAACACUGCAGACAUACAUUCAUAUGCACCCCAGGCACAGAUGACUGCGUGCCCCCAUAGUGCUGUUGGUGGAAAUCCCAACCAGCAGAAUGCCAUUCCUGCAAUCAACAAUAUUGCCAAUGGUGCAGCCCUCCACAGCAAUGACCUUCUCGCUGGCCAUGAUGAUCUUUUGAACAACUUUCAGCCUGCCAUGCAGCCAACCGUCUCUACGCCAAUGCAGGCUGAGGAUUCUUGCUGCCGCAAGUCUAGUAGCAAUGGAGCUCAGGAUGGGUUCAAAGGCCACGGCUGUGGGACUCAUCGUCGCUGCAACUGUGGACCGAGCUGCAAUUGCUUGGGUUGCCCCGAGCAUCCUUACAACACCACCACCACGCAGCAUGUCCAGCAGAUGGGUCUCCUUGUCGCCCAGGAUCAGCAGAGCCUUGGAAGUGAGAACAAUUGUUGCAGCACCCAGGUCCAUGGAAACCAUGCCAACGAACCAGAGCUAGAGCACCACUCCUACUCCCAGCUCCACCACCACAUGAACAACCGUUUCGAAAACUUCCCCGUCAAUACUUACUACGACCCUGAUUUUGCCGAUGGAAACCAUUCUCAUCCCUCCCCACCUCAUGAGUACAUCGACCCUGAUGAUCUCAUGGCUCCCGACCAGUACUACACCUACCACUUCCAGGUGGGCCUUCCUGGUGCUUGCGCGGGUGAAGUUGGCAGUUGCCAGUGUGGGCCUAAUUGCUCUUGCAUUGGCUGUCUGACUCACAGUGGCAGCCACGGUUUUGCUUUUGCGUCCGGCCUUGGCUUUGGUGGCGCUUUGGGACACGGUGAAGAUGCUCAUUCCGCUGUGGAUGAUGCAGCUACUGGCGCACACACCCCCGUCUUGGAUAAGACUUCUCACUUCUAGUCCCACGUUCUGUCCCACGCUCAGGGCGUUUGGUUGUCAUCUUCUAUCUUGGUGUAGUGUUUCAAAGGUUUUGCCCUCCAUGUUGUAUUCAACGUCGAACGUAUUUGGAUGACUGAUGACCUCAAUACCCUUGCCUGAAUACUGGAUUAGAAUUCAC